CUCUCUCUCUCUCUCUCUCUCUCUCUCUCUCUCUCUCUCUCUCUCCACUCCCCACUCCCCACUCUGCUCUUCUUUUCACUCUCUCCCCCGCCACUCGCUUCAUUCCCUUCAUUCGCUUCACUCGACUGCCCUCUCUUUCCCCCUCUCUCUUCUUCUCUUUUCAUCACACACAUACACACACUCUCUCUUAUUCACAGCCCCCAUAUCCCCCCAGCAGAACAUGACUAUGCCACGGAAACUGGGCACACUCGUGGCAAUUCCGAUCAAGGGCAGGAUGCUACUCAACCGUUCUGGCGGGAAGCAGUCGCCCUAUGUCCAACUCAGACUAGGCGCGGACCAGAAGAAGAGGACCAAGGCCUCGUUGAUAGCGUCGCUCGAGCCAGAGUGGGACCAGGAGAUCCGAUUGGAUGUGUACCAGGGGUGUCUGGCCAUGCGGGUGUCGGUCGUCGACGAGGGCAAGAAGGACGAGCUGGUGGGCGAGGGCACCCUGCUGCUGCACGAAGUCCUCGACAGGGGCGAGCUCGAUGUGUGGUUCCCGAUCAAGCACAAGGGUGCGAUCCACGCAGGCGACAUCUAUUUCGAAUUGACCUUCUAUGCACUCGCUCCGCCUCCACAUCCACAGCAACAUCCACCACAACCACAACAACCACUCCAGGCUGGAGCCAGACCACUACCACACCCUCAACAGCACCAGACCAUCCCACACCCGGCGAUCCGCCAUACCCAGCCAGGCUACAGCAACGCCCAUCCAGGGCGUCUACUACCGCACGCGCCGCCCGUGAACAUGUUCAACAGAACCACACCCGGACCACCAGCACAAUACUCUGGGAACACUUACCACCACCCGGCUGCCUAUGUGGGCCAUCAUGGAACUGGUACCCAUAACAACCAUGCACAGCCGCAUCCGCUAACGCACCAGCGUUCCUUCCCCUCACCCCAACCAUCACCGCCACCACCACCGCCAACAAUAACGACUCCAAUAACUGCAACGGCCGCGAUAGCACCGUUUGGGAAUUCGACCCGCCCUACGGUACCGGGGCACCGUCCAUCCUCUUCGUUGCCGACGUCGUUUGGGCCAACACCAUCGCUGAUGGCGUUCAAACCCAAGACGAAAUACACGGGACCGAAUCACCAAAGACCGCAGCAACAGCAACAGCAGCAGCAGCAGCAGACGUUCCAAAACGGGAAUAACGGUCGGCAACAACAGCUGCAGCAUCCAUCCCCAGGAGGUUGUCCGGGACUACAGACGAAUAUUGGAAAUCGGUUGAACCAGGGGCAGCAGCAGGGAUGUAUCACUGGCUCGGGAUCUAAUCAGCCGAGGCCAAUACCGACGACAGGGCACGCUCAUGGACCACCAGGACAUGGUCAUGGACAUGGACAGAGGUCGAUGACACCGCUUGUGCAGUAUAAUUAUACCCUUGGUAGUUUUCCAUAGUUUCCCUUUCUUUCCCUAGUGCAGAAAGUCGCUCUGGUACAACUGACUACCUUAUAGAAAUAAAAAAGCAUGAAAAGAACGAGCAGAAACAACAAAGUGGCAGAAGAGGUAAGGGUAAGGGAUAGAGGUUAGAAGGUUAGAGGUUAGAGGUUAGAGGUUAGAGAGAACCAAGAAUGAGCAGAGAGAUGUAUGCCAUAGCAUUUAUAUCGUUAAUCAACGCGUUGGGGGAGUUUUUAUAUAUUUAUUUCGCAUAGUCUUUAUUUUAUUUUGUUUUCAUGUAGAUCCUGGUCUCGAAGUAAGAGUCGCGUCGUCGCCCCGAACAACUACAUGGCCAGGACGCAGCCAAGUCCUCUUUGGUCGGCUUCUUGCUGUUCUGUAUCCUUCUUUUUCCCCAUUUCCCCAUUUCCCCAUUUCCCCAUUUCCCCAUUUCCCC